GGUGUCACAUCCACCCACAUCGACGUGGAGCAUAGCAACGGUGCAGCAGAGAAUUGAAGGCCAUCAGCAUCCAAAACUGCAGCCGCAGCAUCAGCAUCCUCAUCGUUCUUGCCAUCUCCCCACCUGCGAGCAGCCCCUUUCUUUCAUCCAGCCUUUACCAGCGCCGCCUUACAUAAGUCUGCAUCGAUACUUCCAUCUCGACCCAUCUUGCUGCUUUGCAACACUGGAGGUGCUCGCCGUUGAUGUUAUCGUCAUUCUUCGGUGUCAGGACCGGAACCAGCUUGAUCAGCUCGCAGCUUGUUUUGUACAGUUGAAGAAGUUGAGUGGACGGGAGACCUGGAGCUGUGGUGUCUGUCAGCAUGAGCUUAGCGAUGAUGCACGAGGUGGGAUUGCCGCUGCGAGAAUACUCUAGAAGAGGAGGUGAUCCUGCUGCUGCAGUGGAGAUGCGCUUGUUUGCGACCGCGUCAGAUGGGGCGUUGGUUGGCUUGAGCCCCGCCAGGCUUGUUUGCACACCAGCGUUGCAGUCAUCGAGGGAGGUGGAGAAUCUGCAUCAUACGCACAAGAAGCGUGAAAUCCCAUGUUGUCCCUGCCGUUGCGUCACCGGGAUAAUUUCGAGAGGUCUGUCUCGAGCACCUCCAGUAGGAAGUUCUUCUCUAAUGGAAGUCUCGCGGACACAGCUCACAGCGUCGGCAGGAGCAUCGCCAGAAGGCCGCGUCGUGCGAAGAAUCGCCCAAAUCAGCGCUGAGACCCAUGAUCUUUUAGGUACACUCGAUCAACUAGCGGAUUCUGGAACAAAGCUUGUUGAGGCCGCCGGUGUUGAUUUGCAAAGUUCGGUCCCUGAAAUACAUGGAACGGGAGAUUCUGCUCAACCGGUCGCUGAGGUAGUUAAAAUUUUGAAGGCAGGAUCUUAUCUGUCUCGAAGAGUAUCCCAAGUCUGUCAACCCGGGUUUGUUCACGGAAAAACAAGUCUUUCAUUACCACCACAUCAACCUCCAUUGACGAGCUACUCGGCAGUGCACCAAGCGCACGCAGCUUGGCUUAAGAAUCAGACGACGGAUGUAUUACAUAUCACAGCAAUUCGAAAUUCCAAGGCCGUCUCUUGCUUGGCCACGAUGCCUAUGGCGCAGCAAACAUCGAGCCCAAGCAGCCACAAACAUGCUCUCCCCUGCACCGUUGACAGAAAUUCGAAACGAGUGUGUGUUGGUUUAGAUGAUCGUCGGUUCAAACGAGCAGCAGACGAACGGAGGCCGAAUCGUCUUGGUCGAGAAGCUUCACCCAACUUGAACUUCAGAAAUACAGAAUGUGGUGACAUUCCAAUAGCCAUCGCAGCCAACACUCAUGUGCAGCCGGCGGCUCUGAUCCGUAACACCGGUAAACCCAAACCUAGCAUGAUCCUGAAUUCAAAGUUUCUAGCACCAAUCCGAUCUCUUCUGAGGUUUCACUAUUUUCAAGGGCAUCCUAAAAAACGAAGGCGGACUGCGGCGGGUCAACAUGGCAGCACUCCUGCAUCAGAAACCCGAGAGAUUCCAGCCAGCCGCCACACAGGGCAAAGCGCCGAAGUCCAUGACGGCCAUCCUGAGCCCCUGAAUCAUGGUCUCAAGCCCCCACAGGUGCCAGGUUCUCUGGUUGGGACUAAUCUGAAUGCAGCCGCUGCUCUGGACACGCAACGAGUAGAGGAAACAGCCUUCGACAUCGACGAAGCAGAGGAUCUCGCAGAGAGUCAAUCGAGAAAGGAGAAGCUUGAAGUUCUGCUGCGCUCGGUGGAGAGCAAUUACGAGGCUUAUCGAGCGAACGUGUUGGAAAUGAGAAAUAACUUUGACCAAUUCGGAGGACGAGAAGGGUCCCUGCUCUACACCGCGCUUGGCCUGCAAGCCAUGUCUCGCCGCUUCAGGAUAUGCAAAGAUGGUAUCACGAGGCAGUUAAGGGUUGCUACAAGGGAAAUGGACUUGUCCUCCCAGCUCCGUCAGGCGAGAUGUAAGGUGCAUCCAGAGCGGCAGCUGCUGAAGCCAAACCACCGCGGGCCGGACCUUCAUGCAAGACUUCCGGACAGUGCCACUGAUAUUCUACGCCGUUGGUUGUUUGAACACUUCCUUAAGCCGUACCCUCAGCAUCGGGACAAAUGCUGGUUGGCAGAGCAGACUUCUUUGAGCAGAUCUCAGGUGACCAACUGGUUCAUCAAUGCACGGGUUCGGCUGUGGAAACCCAUGGUGGAGGAAUUGUACGAGCAAAUCCAGCGUGAAGAUGAAGCUGAGCAAGCUGCCCGAGAGAGCUCGGCAAAUUCUAGACAAUCAUCUCAAGACGGCAUCUAUAGUUCUGGUAGUCACCACAACGUUGAGCAUGAUUUCAUGCUGCAGGCGGGUACUAUCAGAGGAACAAGGUCCAGUGCUUUACAUCCUGUGAUCAUCAGAACAAGUUAAAUAACUCAACCACCGUGUAUGGUACCAGGGCUGUUUGAGACUUAUUGUUAUAAAACUCCACGGAAAACAAGAUUCGUUGUUUACACCGGGAAUUGCUAUUAACACCAGAAAGUUAGGAAUGUAGCAAAAGACAUUCUGGCUAUCAAUGGUUGUGGUUGCAGUGCCGCAGUUUCGCCUAUGAGAGAAGGUUGGGGCUGAGGAAGAAUUCAGAGAAUGAAGGCAUGUUUCUAGUAGAGCACGUCAGGUUAUAACUUUUUAUAUCAAUGUUUUGUGUCAUUUGACAUACAAACAUGUUAUGUUUGAAGAAAAUUAGAAUAAAAAUUAAACAAUUUUUUUUUUUUUUUUUUUUUUUUUAGAAGUAAUUUAGUAGUUAAAGACAUUCUUUUAGUUAUUCUUGAUGCUACUUGGUUCUUGUGUAGCAAUUCUAAUCUCUUGAACUAUUUCAGGAGCUUUUUAAACUUAGGGACAAGAUGAGUGGCCAAAAUUCUUGAGUUCUUUGAUUGGUCAUUAAGCCGUCUUAAUACUUGGAAAAAUCACUCCAAAGACCUUAAGAGAAAAAAAGGUGGAAUGCAUUUUUUUUGA